GCAGUAAUCGGAAACGUCGAUACGAGGCCGAUGGUUCGUCUGUCAGGCUGGAAAAGAACCCAAUCUGGGAGGUUAGCCAGGCCAAAAACAAGAGAACUUACUGCUUAUUUGUAACUUUACAACAAAAUAUUUUACUUUAAGGAAUUAAGGACUUGAUAGGAUAAACCAUUAUGACACUACAAAAGCUCUAGGACCCAGGCCACCUGAAUUAAGGGAGCAGAGGUCGCUCCCACUGCCCCUCCUGUCCCCUGUCCCCCUGGACGGAUUAGACAUGACCACAGGGGAGUGUUGCCACCUGCCAGGCUCGCUGUGCGACUGCACUGGCAACGCUGCCCUGUCCAAAACUGUGGAGGAGUCGGACAACCGCAGGGCACAGUACGUCACACAGGUCACUGCUAAAGACGGACGCCUGCUCUCCACCGUCAUCAAAGCCCUGGGCACACAAAGCGAUGGUCCGAUUUGCCGGAUCUGCCACGAGGGGGGUAACAGUGAAGGGCUCCUUUCACCAUGUGAUUGCACGGGCACGCUGGGCACGGUACACAAGAGCUGCCUGGAGAAGUGGCUGUCCUCCUCAAACACCAGCUACUGCGAGCUGUGCCACACAGAGUUCACCAUCGAGCGCAGGCCGAGGCCUCUCACAGAGUGGCUUAGGGACCCUGGGCCGAGGAAUGAGAAGCGCACGCUGUUCUGUGACAUGGUGUGCUUCCUGUUCAUUACGCCUCUGGCAGCCAUAUCAGGCUGGCUGUGCCUGCGAGGGGCUCAGGACCACCUUCACUUUAACAGUCGCCUGGAGGCAGUGGGCCUCAUCGCCCUUACCAUCGCUCUCUUUACCAUCUACGUCCUCUGGACUCUGGUGUCAUUCCGCUACCACUGUCAGUUGUACUCCGAGUGGAGACGAACCAAUCAGAAAGUGCGCCUGCUCAUUCCUGACGCCAAGGGUGCCCACUCUACCCAGCAUUCCUUGCUCUCCACAAAGCUGCUGAAAAAGACGUCAGACGAGACCAUCGUAUGAGAUCUGCGGUGUUUUUGGGAGGGUGGGGGACACGACACAUUGUUGGUAUUAAACGUGCUAAAGGUUCUUGAUGCAUCAUGUCAUCACUUAGAACCACAGCACUUUUGGAUGCAUUCUUUUUCUAUUUAAUCCUUUUUAUCUACAUAUGUGAGCACUUCUUUUAUUUUCUUCCUUCAACUAUAUCUCUUUUUUGUUGUUGUUGUGUGUAUAUUUUUUUUUUUAGUUUCUGUGAGUUGUUUCUGGUUUUGGAAUGAAUUUAUUUAUUUGCCUACACAGUGAUCACUGAGGCCCCAUAACAUGCGGCGUACUUCAUGAUUAAAUCCGUAGGGACUCUAUGAGCAGAGGUAGCUGGGUGAGGGGACAAAUCCAGGAAAGCAGGAGUAGCUGCUGAAGCUUAAAUUGAAACACUUCUCUACAUUUAAUUCGUUUCAUUUGUGUCUUGAUUGGACAGAAAAUUGGUCGUUGCCAAUUUCCGAGUACUUUAGCCCAUGUGACAGUUGGUAUAUAUUAUAGAAGCUCAGACUUUUAAAACUUAGCCAUUUUGGUGAUUUUUAAAGUGUUACAGGAUGACAGGGCCUUCUCGUGAGGCCUGCUAACAGAAUGGGCUGUAACGGAGAGAGUUGCAAGCACCUGAUCUCUCAUACAUGCUCCUAUAGAGGAGCAAACACUAAAAUAGGAGUGUGCAAUAAAUUCCGUUUCUCACCAAGUAUGAGGCACAGUGUAUGCCCUCUUGACGUGCUCAGUCUUUCCUGCAUGUGUAAUUUAAAAAAUUCCACCCUUCUUUUUUUAAUUAUCUAUGAUAUUAGUGACUGUUAAAGUUGCUAUCUGGGAUUUUGUCUGUGGAUCAGCAUAGGCUAUAUUCAGCACCUGUUAAGGGCGAGCUUCAUGCAGGAAGUGGCAUACGGUGGACCUACAGUGGUAGCACUUAAACGACAUAAGUAGCCUAGAUAUGCGCUGAUCAAAUGUAGUUGUGUGUAUGCCUCCAGGAUUCAUGGGAAGCAUUAUUUUUUAUCUCGAGGUCAUUAUUGUGACAGCUGUUUCUUAAUUUUAAACGUUACAGCUACAUGUGGCUGUGUGAAAGGGCAGAAUGUGUUUGUGAGUACAUGUGUACACUUUUUUUUUUUUUUUUUUUGUAUCUGUAUUUUUGUUUUGUAGCAGUUUUACAUUGUUAAAUAUGCAGUUAUUUGGGGAAAUUUGUCUGACAACAGGGGAACAACUGUGUAAUUGUCCAUUUACACCACUUGAGUACAGCCAAGAUUAUCGCCCUGCAUGUUAUAUGUUACAAGAAUGAUGUGCAACAUGUCAUCAGCUAAAAGGGAAACCUGCGUCAUGAUGAUAGGCCCUCCUCCAAAUGGCUUUAUGGACACCCUUGACCAAAGUAUGGCCUUUAUGCAGUUAUCGAGGGACCAUCUGCUUGUGAUACCUGGCUCUGUUCAUGUUGGACGCAUUACAAAUAUCUCUGUGAUGUCCAAAAAAAAACAAAAAAAAAAACAAUGUCAUCUGGACAGGCUUUGUACAUGUGUAGAUACAUUUCAUGUCUGUGUAAGGCACUCAGAGAAACAGUUACUGUCAGCCUAGGUGGGUGUGUGUGUGUGUGUGUGCGCAUGUCAGUGGUUGGCAUUCGGGCUGUGUGUGUGAUUCUGACCUUCUGUAGUGCCACAUUUGAAACAAAAAUGGUGCUUGCAUCUGUACAUGGAGUAAAAAAGCAGUUAAAGAUAAAUCCCUCAGAGUGCUGUUUGCACGGGUCAUCUUGUUCUUAAGUGGGUAAAAGUCACCGGAGAGAUUUCUUGCAAAUUGUUGUUACUUCUUUUUCAAGUCGAUUCUCCUUAUAUGACAAUGUUCAGUUUUGGAAAGCGUUGUGCAAUAGAUUAAUACUAAAAGCUUUCAGCAUUAAUAGUAACUUUUAACAUGAUGUUUUUGAAAAGAAAGCAAGUGUAAAAAGAUCUCUCUGCAACAUUGUGAACCUACCUGUUGUACAUCACAGGACUGAGUGGCUUUGGGUUGAAUUAACUUUUUUUUCAACUAAUCAUGGAGGCCCAACCAAGAGAAGCCACGAAAAUGGUCAGCUAAGCGCAAAGUCAUUUUUCAACUGCUGCUCAUACACUGUCUCUCACUGGGUGUGCUUCCAUCUUUUUUUUUCUUUCCUGCUCAUUUCUUCUUUAUUUUGCAAUGUGAGGUAAAUAGAAAAAAAAAAAAGCUUGAGUGCAAUGUCGGCAAUAUUACAAUGCACUCCACGCCUAUAACCUUAUCAGUACAAUGUAAGAUAAUUAUUCUAUAGACAUAUGAAGGAUUACAGGACUACAUUCAGACAGGAAGAGGAAGACAGUGUUGGGUCGUUUUAUUUUUCCUUGGUUAUCCAUGAGUUUCCUCCACUAUGCAACCUGCAGGUUUAAGGAGCCAAAAGGCUAUUGUUUUAUUCUGGUGUUACUAUGGCUGACCCAAGUUAUUACUUUCAUGAUACCAACAAAAAUGCAUGCUUUAUUUCUUUUAUUCUUUUUUUCGUCAUCUUGCACUUUUACAAAUUUAUGAUUGGAUCUGGGUUAGCUAGCACUUGACACAUUUCAGAGAGGUUAAACUCCCUCACUGAUAUUUGGAGAACUGGUCCACUUUUUUUUGUAUUAAAAAGAAAACAAAAAAAAGCAUUAAGUGGUAAAGACCAAUCUCUUGUUGAUAAACCUAAGCAAAUUUUAAACCUUGUACACAGUUUUUUUUUAUUUGUUUUGUCAUCACUGUGUUAAUGUAUUCAUACUGUAUGUAUCACUUGCAUUGUAUGUCUUCUUUUAUUCCUUGAGCACCAUAUUUUUAUCACUCUGUCGUUUUUGGGAUACUAUUAUAUUUAUGUUGUGAAGUGGAUAAAGACUGGUGUGUCUGUAUUGUCCUCACUAAAAAUUUGUUGGUGCUUGCAAUCAGCCAAGAAAAGUGUGCAAAGCAAAUUAAACAUGAUGCUCUGGA